AUGCAAAUACGCAAGCUGACGUAAGAGAUCAUGUGGGUUUUGGUGUAGAUCACCACCACCGAUCGGAGAGAUUUUUUUUUAUUUUUUAUUUUUUUUUAAAUCCUACUGUAUGUCUUUUUCCUAGAGGGGGGCGAUUUGUUUAAGUGAAAGUCCUGGACCGUCUCCCCGGCGUUCUAGAACGCGCGCCGAGAGUUCCAUUCGGGGAAAGUUCUGCGUCUCAGCGUUCCAAAGCUUUGAUCGCAGGUGUAAUGCAGACCAUUCUGUAUGGUGGGUCACAGCCAAAAGCCACGGAUGGCACUAGACUCCUUUAGAGUCCAGCCUGGGCAACAUUACUCCUGGAAGUGCUAAAAGCAUCUAAGAGGACACCUUUGGGACUGUCCAAGAGCAGAAGCUGUUGCUUCCAAGCGCACUUCCACAGCGGUUAUGGCAAGCAAACGGAAGUCGACAACUCCAUGUAUGGUGCGAGCAUCUGGAGCUAUGGAGUCCAGUGACCCCGUGGACUGUAGUGCAGGAAAAGCACCUGAUGCUCCAGAGCAGGACUUAGGAAAUAAUUUGGCAGCCAGCAAGGAUAAUUGUGAAAAUGACUGUGAAGUGAUUGAGGGGAAGUCUUCUCCAGCUAACCCAACGAGGAAACCCCUUGGUGGUUAUGAAUGUAAAUACUGUCCGUUCUCCACCCAGAACCUGAAUGAAUUCACAGAGCAUAUAGACACACAACACCCCAAUGUGAUUCUCAACCCCCUCUAUGUAUGCUCCGAAUGUAACUUUACAACCAAAAAGUAUGAUUCCUUAUCUGAGCACAACACAAAGCUCCAUCCAGGAGAAAACAAUUUCAAGCUUAAGUUAAUCAAGCUCAACAAUCAGACUGUCUUAGAACAAUCCAUUGAGGUGACAGGCAAUCCAGCUGCGGCUGAAACCCCUGAAUAUGAAGGGGUGGCUGGUGGGAUAGGUGAUACAAACAAAGCAACACAGAUCAUUAACAUAGGAAAGCCUAAAGGUGAGGCCAAGAAAGCUUCUAUUGACAACCAUCUUGAUGGGAUUCCUCAGCUUCUUCCAGAUACCACUGAACCAAUUACAUGCAUUAAUGGAGCAGAAGUCCUCCAAGAUAUCCUGGCCCAUGUGAUGCCUUCCGUACAGCUCCCACCAAACAUCAACCUUGUUCCCAAAGUCCCCGUACCCCUGAAUAGUACCAAAUACAAUUCUGCACUAGACACUAAUGCCACCAUGAUCAGUUCCUUCAACAAAUUUCCAUAUCCAACACAAGCAGAACUAUCAUGGCUGACGGCAGCAUCCAAGCACCCAGAAGAGCAGAUUCGAAUUUGGUUUGCCACUCAGCGUUUGAAGCACGGCAUCAGCUGGUCUCCUGAAGAGGUGGAAGAGGCAAGGAAGAAGAUGUUCAAUGGCACCAUCCAGGCAGCACCCCAGACAAUUGCUGUCCUCCCAGCUCAUGUCGCCACAGCCAAGAUGCCACAGCCACUGAUCCAGACAGCUGUGCCUUGUCAGAUACUCAGUCAGACUGGCCUAGUUUUGACACAAGUGUCAAACGGAUCAAACAUUUCCCCAAUUACCCUUGCUGUUGCUGCCAAUCAGGGUCAGAAACGGAGUGUGCAGAACCAGCUAGCUGUCCCAGAAGCCAAGCGUCAGCAUGUCAUCCCAACAGAUGUCUUGCCCAAACAGAACAUACCUGCUGUUCCGGUAAGCACCGCAACAAUGCCGCUCUCUACUCUACUGCCAACGUCAUCAAACGACCGCAAAAAAACCAAGGAACAGAUUGCGGCCCUAAAGGCAAGCUUCAUUGUCACCCAGUUUCCUGACGAUGCAGAAAUUUACAGGCUGAUUGAACUCACCGGCCUCUCAAGGAGUGAGAUUAAGAAGUGGUUCAGUGACUAUCGUUACCGAAGUCAACGGGGAAUUAGCCAUAUCACAAGUGAAUCUGUAGCCAAGGACCAUGUUGCUCUUUCUUCCACACGACAGGACCAUACUUACAAUCCAUAUCCAGAUUUCAUUUUCCAGCAGUUCAAAGGAAAAACUCAAAAACAAUUUGCAAUCCUUGAAGAAAGUUUCCUUAAGAGCUCUUUUCCAACGCAUAGUGAGUUGGAAAGACUUCGGACCGAAGCCAGGAUGAGCAGAAGAGAGGUUGAAUCCUGGUUUGCGGAGCGAAGGAAACUUAGGGAUAAUAUGGAACAAGCUGUCUUAGAUUCAAUGGGAUCCAGCAUGAAGAAUAAGGAUCCAGUUGCUCCCAAUGGUGCAGUAAAUCAGACAGAGCAGGUCAGCAUUUCCCAAGCUCCAACAUCUUUGCCCAAGGUCUCCACAGCACUUGCUACAAGUAGCCAAGAACAAGUCCGCUUACUCAAGAAUAUGUUUGUUAGAACUCAGUGGCCUUCCCCACAGGAGUAUGAUGAAUUGGCAGCUCAGACGGGACUCACCAGGACUGAAAUAGUUCGCUGGUUCAAGGAGAACAGGAGCUCGCUAAGAAUGGGGACCUUAAAAUGGCUAGACCAGUAUCAACAGCAGAGAGUCAUUGAUGGCUACACAGAAACAAAGGGUCCAGUGCCCCUUGGGCCAAAGAAUAAUCAUGAUGAGGUUCAGCCACCUAACAAGGAGACUCAGAAGCUUGGGAAGCGAAGCGUAGAAAGUUCAGAGCAAUCUGAAGGCAUCAGUCAAACUAGUCAGGGUGGUGAAGAGAAACCGAAUGCGGGCAAUGUAAAUUGGGUGCAGCUUACUAUAGAAGAUGAUGCUGCUGCUUCGGACUGUGUAGACAGCUGGAAUGAAACAGGGCCUGAAAGCAAAACAGAUUUUGAUUCUGAAAGUAUAUCUGGUGAUAAUUCUCACACCUAGACAGGCAUUUCAUUCAGCUUUCUAGUCCCAUCUUUUGACCCUCGUGAGUGCACAUGGUCACUAAUCCUGGGAUCAAAUAAGGUCUCUGGAAACGGGAUAGUCACGUUUGGACUCCGGAAUCACGGUCCUGGCAAAGGAAGAGAUCAUCUCUGGCCUGUUUGGAGAAGUUUCAUGGUGCCAAAGUCCCACUUGGGGGAUUUUUUUAAAAAAAUGAGGCCCUUGUAUAUAAGCUUUCCCGGUAGUGUGUGGCUUUCUCCAUUUCUUGUUGACUUUUUUAAUACUUAUACUGCAGAGAUUUUUUGCUUUUUUUUUUUUUUGUUAAGCACAGCAGAUCACUGCUGUCUAAAAGCCAUGCUUCAUCCAGUUUCCUACGAACAGGUAAUCCCUGUAUCUAUCCUUGCAAUAACAUGGAAACCUUUUAGCCUGCUGCAUUAAUUUCUACCACUAAAAAUGUACUACUAGGCAUUUGGUGCAGUGGUUAACAGGUGUUGGAUUAGAAGCCAGGGGACCGGGAGUUCUAGUCCUGCCUCAGGCAUGAAGCUAGCUGGGUGACUUUGGGCCAAUCUCUCUCUCUCAACCCUGGGAAGGAGGCAAUGGCAAGCCACUCCUGACAACGUUGCCAAGAAAACUGCAAGGACUUGUUCCUAUGGUCACCAGGGGUCGGGGUGACUUGAUGGAUUAUAACGACAACUGUUUCAGUGGAAAUUAUAUUCAUCUUGUCACAUUUUGCACAUUUGCAUUUCCUACAUCAACCAUUCACUUGUAUUCAUCUCAUCACAUUGUACAUGUUUGCUUUUCCCACACAUUUUACACAUUUGCUGUUGGCCAUCCUUCCCUUUGCAUGAAAACUAAUCUUUGUCAUGUUGGGAGAACCAGUCUGUUACUGCGUCCCGUCAUUCAUCAUUUGCCAAACAGCUGGACCCAGAAUGCUAGAGAUGACAAGCGUGCAGCGCUGUUGCUUGCUCCAAGUGCUUUUCUACCACCGGCAGUACAAUCUUAAAAACAAAAAGACUUUGCAACAGAGGGCUCAAGCUUUAUACCCGAACUUAUGAUUUUUGUUGGUGAGUUUUUAGCUUGUUUCUAUGUCUCUGAGUGCACUUUUAUUCUUCAGUAACUGCUGAAAAGAGGGAGAAAUGUUGAAUUGCAGCCUCUUUGAUAAAAGUAUAGGUGACUUUUGCAUGGUUAGGAGAGACUGUUCCAUUUCCCUCCAAUAUACCCUGCUUAAAUUUAAUGCUAGAGAUUUUAAUUAAAAAGACACUUUUCUAACAUUGGCUUGUUUGUUGUAACUCAGUAAAACAAUGUUUUUGGUAA